AUGUCGGAGACACGGAAAAACCAUCUUACCAUAGAUGGGGGCCAAGUAACAGAAGAUGAACACGUCGCCUCAUAUAAACCUAUUCCUGAAUCUGAUACAGGGGUUGAAAAAUUUAUUGAAGCAGACGCGGAAUACAUGGAACUUAGUCAAUCUGAGAAUAUGGAGAGCGCCGCCGACGAUCCUGACGACCACUGGGAUCAUGAAAGCAUAGCUAGUAUGCUAUCUCUCUAUUUACAGAAUAUUGAUAAAUUUAGAAAUCCACACAUCAGGAAAAAGAAUGUUUGGAUGGAUAUUGCGAGUGGGGUCGGUAACAAAACUCCUGACAGCUGUGACAAAAAAUUUAGAAAUUUAAAGCAAACAUACAUAAGAUUGUUGAGGAAAAAGAAAGUAAGUGGUGUUACAGCAUUCAAAUGGCCAUAUUUUGAUGCCUUUGAAGAAAUAUACAAUGUAGAUGGUGAAUACCAGCCAGAAAUUAGGCAAAAAGUUAAAGAAGGGACAAAUGAUAGGCUCACUAGAGAACUAUUAGAAAUGACCACAACCUCAAAAGUAGUUGAGAGCGAUGACAAUGAAGCUACAAGCUUUCAAAAUGAUGAAAUAAGACGAAAAAUGCUUAAAAAAAGGAAUUCAGAGUUUAAAAAAGUUGCUUUAGAAAUGCGAGAUAGACAGAGGGUUGUGGAGGAAAAGCUGGAUAGAUUAAUAAAUAUUGUCGAGGAAUCUAACAGCAUACAGAGGGAACGAAAUAGAUUAUUUCAACAGUUCCUUGGAAAUUUUGGACCAAGU